AUGGCGGCUCUUCGACUACGACGUGCCCCUACGCUUGGUUCUGGAAUUGCACUUCCUAGACGUACAACCUCAUUACAACUUCGUUCACUCUCCCUACUAAGAUCGUCCUCGACACCCAGGCAAAAAUGCCUCACCAGCUCCCCACUCCCUGCCGCAACUACAUACACCUCCCUAUCACGUUUCCAGCAAUUCAGCACCUCUCCUGCCCACUAUGCAGAGACCGUGGUCAAAGUGCCACAAAUGGCAGAGUCCAUCUCUGAAGGAACGUUGAGCAGCUUCUCAAAGCAAGUUGGAGACUAUGUGGAGCAAGAUGAAGAAAUAGCUUCGAUUGAGACUGACAAGAUAGAUGUCUCUGUCAAUGCUCCCCAGGCUGGCACAAUAACGGAGCUCCUCGUUGGUGAGGGCGACACUGUUACUGUCGGACAGGAAAUCGCAAAGCUUGAGCCUGGUGAGGGUGGCGGCGGCGGUGCCGAAGAGGCCAAGUCAGAGCCCAAAGAACCCGCCUCAAAGGACCAGCCCACGAGCUCGGAUCCAGAACCUAAGAAGGAAGAAAAGAAGGAUGAUACUCCACCCCCACCAAAGAAGGAAGACAAACCUGCACCUCCGAAGGAGGAAAAGAAACCUGCUCCACCCAAGCAAGAGAAGAAGUCCACCUCUGAAGACUCAAAAGCUGGUAUUGAUUCACCAUUUGGUAAGGGCAACAGGAAUGAGAACAAGGUGAAAAUGAACCGCAUGCGGUUGCGAAUCGCAGAACGACUGAAGCAAUCUCAAAACACUGCUGCUUCAUUAACAACCUUCAACGAGGUCGACAUGGGAGCUCUUAUGGAAUUCCGUAAGAAGUACAAGGACGAGAUCUUGAAGAAGACCGGCAUCAAACUCGGCUUCAUGAGUGCUUUCGCAAAGGCAAGCGUGUUGGCUUUCAGAGACGUUCCUGCGGCCAACGCGUCGAUCGAGGGACCUGGAGGCGGUGACACUAUUGUUUAUAGAGACUACGUCGACAUCAGUGUGGCUGUUGCAACUCCCAAGGGUCUUGUCACUCCCGUGGUACGAAAUGCAGAAAGCCUUGAGAUGGUCGAGAUUGAGAAGGAAAUUGCUGAACUCGGCAAGAAGGCACGAGAUGGCAAGUUGACCAUUGAAGAUAUGGCUGGCGGUACAUAUACCAUUAGCAAUGGAGGCGUUUUUGGCUCCAUGAUGGGUACGCCAAUUAUCAAUCUUCCACAAACCGCGGUGCUCGGCCUACACGCAAUCAAGGAAAGACCUAUGGUCGUCAAUGGCAAAAUCGAGAUCAGACCUAUGAUGUAUCUUGCUUUGACUUAUGAUCACCGUUUGCUCGAUGGACGGGAAGCAGUGACCUUCCUGGUCAAGAUAAAGGAAUACAUAGAGGACCCAUCAAAGAUGCUGUUGGCAUAA